UGAUCCCGGCAGUGUCAAACUCUGAAAAUCAAUGACACCUUAAGUAUCUUCGACCCAUCGGUUCGCGGCUCUUCCUGUCUCCUUUACAAACCCCGAUUUGAAUCAUCAUGGCUCGCCAAAAGACGUUGCGCGAUGGCGAAGACGCAGCACGAGCGGUCGACGAAAGGUCGCCGCUGCUGUCAAAUGCUCGACGGGAGUCGAGCUCGUCAGUGGUUGGCGAUGGAUGCGUCGAUGUCGAACGAGAAGCGCACGCUGCUACCGUGGACACCAGUCCUUCGGGCAGGGGGAUCCCGACGGCGGCUGUUGUAAAGAUCGUGGCAAUCCUGCUUAUCGGGACUUUCACUGCCAAUGCUGAUGGCUCACUGGUGAUGGCGACGCACCCGACCAUUGCCUCGGAGUUCGACGACCUGGAAAAUUCGAGUUGGCUCUUCGUCGCCUUCGCGCUUGCCGGAGCGGCAACACAGACUCUGUACGGCAAGCUCAGUGACAUAUACGGGCGACGUGCCCUGCUCAUGGUGGCUUACUUGUUGUUUUCCAUUGGAUGCGCGUUGGUCGGAGUUGGCCGCACAAUGUGGCAGGUCGUUGUAGGCCGAGUGAUAUCGGGGUCUGGCGGUUCAGCUCUGAACGUGCUUGGCCUUCUCCUGAUCACAGAUCUCGUUCCGCUCCGCGAUGUGGCGGCAUGGCAGGCUGGCGUGAACCUUGCCGCGACCUUGGGACGGAGUCUUGGCGCCCCCGUGGGAGGUUGGCUUGCCGAUACCAUUGGAUGGCGAUGGUCUUUUCUUGGACAGGCGCCCAUCUUUCUGGUGGCGGUUCUGUUGUGUUGGUUCUUUCUGCCUGAGGGAAAGCCCGGUGAGAAAGAAGACGCGGCCGAAGAAACGGUCACAAAGCCGGGGGAAGCGAAGGCGAGUCCCCUCGCGAAGGUCGACUUCUUGGGUGCCGCACUGCUGGCGCUGUUCCUUCUUGCUUUCCUCUUACCGAUCGAGAUUGGAGGCACCAAGGUCCCCUGGACGCACCCCCUCAUCUUUGUUUUGUUCGGCGCGGCAGCUAUUCUCGGCGGACUUUUUGGCGCGGUGGAAGAAUGGUGGGCCAAAGAACCCAUCUUCCCUCUGGAGCUCCUCAAGCACCGCGACAUCGUCCUGACGUACGUCAUCACGGGCGCCCAGGUCGCUGCCCAGCUCGGUCUUAUGUUCUCGGUGCCGCUGUACUUCCAGGUGACGCAGAGAGUGUCAAACACAAUUGCUGGUCUUCACCUCUUCCCCGCUGUUGCCGGCAACGCAAUCGGCGGCGUGCUUGCGGGAUACCUCAUCAAAAGGACCGGACGAUACAAGUCUCUCCUAAUCAUCGCAACGAUUGCGUCGUCGUUCUCCUAUUUCCUGCUGCUCCUCAGGUGGCACGGAGACACCAACGUGUGGGAGUCGCUAUACAUCGUGCCGGGCGGCUUCGGGGCGGGCCUCGUGCAGUCAGCGGGAAUCAUCAGCGUCCAGGCUGCCGUGAACCCAAAACACAAGGCUGCUGUGACGUCGGGAAUAUUCUUGACAUUCCAAAUUGGCAUGAUCCUGGGCCUCGCGUGCGUGAGCGCGGUGAUGAUGGAGACAAUGAGGUGGAGGCUGGAUGCGCUGCUGAAGGGCAUGGACCUCGGGGCGAUGGCGAGGAAGGCGAUCAUCGAGAAGGCAACAUCGAGCGUUGACUUCAUCGACCACGCCGACAGCGGAAUAGCGAACGCGAUUGUCCAGUCCUACGUCGAGGGUCUGGGGUUCAGCCACGGCGUUUCGCUCAUUUCGUCGGUGCUUGGACUCAUUGCGGCCAUUUUUCUCAGGGAACACAAGCUGCAAUGAUUUUAUCUGUCUUCUGUUUGUUUUCUGUUUGUUUACCGGCAAGUAAGAAAAUGCUGCUGUGACACGGUUUGAACAUAGCGUGCACGCAUCGGGCGUUGCUGAGUCCAGCAUUGGCAGGUUGUGAUGGAAUUUGAAGAUCAUUUCAACAAGAAGAGAGAAUAUGAGCGAAUAGCGUAUCUAUAUCUAGACAGAAAGAGACGUCCAGUUUGCGAUUCGGAAUCGAUCUGAUGGCAAAGUAAGAUAUCGAGUAUC